AUGUUCACUGCAUGGUUAGAGGCGAAUAAAAAUUACGCAGAGGCGCGGCAGUUGACUUAUUCACAGAUGCCUACUAAAUUUGUUUGGAAGAAAGAUAAAAGAGAAUGGCAUCCAAGGCAGAGGAAUUGGGCAAUUGGUCGAAUCUUUUAUGUGCCCCCAAAUAGUGGUGAAAUCUUUUAUUUGAGAUGUUUACUUAACAUUGUUCGAGGACCAACGUCAUUUGAUGAUAUUAAAAAAGUGGAUGGCGUACAAUAUAAUUCAUUUAGAGAUGCAUGUUAUGCACGUGGUUUAAUUGAAGAUGAUAAAGAGUAUGUCGAUGCAAUCAGUGAGCCAGCAGUUUGGUCUUCGGCACAUUCCUUAAGAAAAUUGUUUGUUACACUAUUGACAUCCAAUGCAAUGUCAAAGCCAGAAGAUGUGUGGGAGUUGGUCUGGCAUUACUUAUCAGAUGAUGCUGAAUUUAUGUGUAGAAGAAACCUCUCAACUUCAGAUCUAAUUCUCAAUGAUUCUCAAAAAAAGAAUUAUGCAUUGAUUGAAAUGGAGAAGUUGUUGAAUGCUUGGAACAAAUCUCUAGCAGAUUAUCCACCGAUGCCAAUGCCAGAUCAAAACGGUGAUUUGUUUCAAGGAAAUAGGUUGUUGUUCGAGGAAAUGUCAUAUGAUAGGGAAGCUCUAAGGCAUGAACAUAAUUCUUUGCUUCAGAAACUAACUGAUGAACAGUUACUCAUCUAUAAUAAGGUGGUUGCAGACGUCCAGACUGAGAUGGAUGGCAUGUAUUUCGUUUAUGGCUAUGGUGGUACAGGCAAAACUUUUUUGUGGAAGACACUUUCAGCGGCUCUAAGGUCCAAAGGUGAAGUCGUAUUAAAUGUUGCGUCAAGCGGUAUAGCUUCAUUACUUCUGCCUGGUGGAAGGACUGAACACUCUAGAUUUGCUAUACCAAUUUCUGUUAAUGAAGAUUCCACUUGCAACAUUAAGCAGGGAAGUCCACUGGCUGAAUUGAUCAUCAAAGCCAAACUGAUAAUUUGGGAUGAAGCUCCGAUGAUGCACAAAUAUUGUUUUGAAGCAUUAGACAGGACAAUGAGAGAUUUAAUGCGUUUCACAAAUCCUAGGAGCUCAACGAUGACCUUUGGAGGUAAAACAGUUGUUUUGGGGGGAGACUUUAGACAAAUUCUUCCAGUUAUUCCAAAAGGUACUAGACAAGAUAUAGUACAAGCCAGUAUUAAUUCUUCUUACUUGUGGAAUAAUUGCGAAGUAUUAGUAAUGAAGAGGAGGUUGAGAAGUUAG